AGAAGCCACGCGCUUCCACCGGGAGAUAUAAACAAGCGAGGGAGGCUCGCGCGCAGUCUUAGCCCUGACGCGGCGUCCGCGCGCAGCAGCCAGCAUGCUGGAUAAUAACGUCUUUGCCUCUUUCGUUUUUUACAGCGUUCUUCUUGUUCUCAAAAUGUACGUCAUUGCGUUUAUCACAGGGCAAGUCAGGCUGCGAAAAAAGGCGUUCGCCAACCCAGAAGACGCCCUCAGACACGGAGGGACGCAGUACCACAGGGGGGACCCCUACGUGGAACGCUGCCGGAGGGCUCAUCAAAAUGACAUGGAGAACAUAUUUCCCUUCCUUUUCUUAGGCGCCAUUUAUUCCUUGACGGAGCCCACGCUGUUUGUGGCACGCCUCCACUUUUUGGCAUUCUUCCUGUGCCGAAUCGUUCACAGCGUGGCGUACCUCUGCCAGCUGAAGGCGCCGACUCGCUCCGUGGCGUACGUCAUAGGCCAAGUGCCGUGCCUUUCCAUGCUUCUGCAGAUCCUUUUCGCAGUAGCCUCCCACUGGUGAUUGUUCUCAGCCGCCGUGGCUUCAAAGACACUGCUCUUGCCUUCAAAAUGAUGAUGUCAACUGUGAGCACCAAGGGAUAUAUAGCUUGCGGCUGCUUUAAUGUACCUUGGAACACUUUAGGUGCAGAUAUUAUGCGUAAUGUAUGUAAUGUCGCAGAUGGUGGCAAUAUUUAAGAAUGGUCUUUUUUUUUAUUUGUGACCAAAAGUGUUUUUUCAUGAAGGCUGUUAUCAUUACUAAGUGUGAGUGUUUUUUUAACCUCUGAUAAUAUAUUUUUUGCUGUCUCAUUUCUAGACAUGUUUUCCACAGAAAGCAGGAAAAAUUACCCUGACUAAAACUGUCAUUUUCCAGGCAGUCUUUUACUCAUAGUAGUGCCUUAGUCAUUCUGUCGGGAAAAUGCAGUGCAGUGCAUCAGCAACAGGAGCCAUUCUGUGAAAAGGAUUAUUACAAAAAAUAUUUUGCAUGACUGAGUAUUUUCUGAAUGUGCUGUAAAAUUAUAGCAAGGUUGUAGCAAGAUGCUGCUAUCCAUGGAUGCUCAUAUGACCAGGCUGUCACUUAGACUAGUGCAUGUUUUGCGUAACAGCAUGGGACCAAGACAUUGUAUUGCGCAUGUACUUUUAUACUGAGAUUACAAUGUGGUAUUGGAAAUGGGCUAUAGUAUGUGUUGCAAAAGUGGUAAAAUAUAGUUAUCCACAUUCGUAUAAUAUAUGGAUUCAUAAGUAUUUGUUUUGUAUUAGUGUAACUUUCCAUUGUUAUUGGUUUUUUUUCUAGCUGACAGCAUCAGUUAAUGUAUAUAAAGAUAUCCAUCCAUCCAUCCACCUACAUA